AUGCAGCAGAGCUGGGCAGCAGGGCUGCUCCUCGCCGAGGUGGUGGUCCUCAUCGGGGGUCUUCAAGCAACCCAGUGGGCCUGUGGACAGCGUGGCCCUGGCCCCCCUGAGCCUCAGGAAGGCAGCACGGUGCCUGGCGAGUGGCCAUGGCAGGCCAGCAUCAGGCGGCAGGGACUCCAUGUCUGCAGUGGCUCCCUGGUGGCAGAUACCUGGGUCCUCACCGCUGCCCACUGCUUUGAGAAGGCAGCAGUGACAGAGCUGGACUCCUGGUCGGUGGUCCUGGGCUCCCUGCAGCAGGAGGGGCUAAGCCCAGGGGCUGAGGAGGUGGGCAUCGUGGCGUUGCAGCUGCCCGGGGACUACAACCACUACAGCCAGGGCUCAGACCUGGCCCUGCUGCAGCUCACCCGCCGCACCACCCUCACGCCCCUCUGCCUGCCUCGGCCCACCCAUCGCUUCCCCUUUGGGACCUCCUGCUGGGCCACUGGCUGGGAUCACAGCACCAGUGACACUAACAGGACCUUGCGGAACUUGCGCCUGCGCCUCAUCAGCCGGCCCACCUGUAACUGUCUCUACAACCGGCUGCACCAGCGGCCCCUGGCCAGCCCGGCCCGGCCCGGCAUGCUGUGUGGGGGUGCCCAGCCUGGGGUGCAGGGGCCCUGUCAGGGGGACUCCGGGGGUCCUGUGCUGUGUGCUGAGCCGGAUGGACACUGGGUCCAGGCUGGAAUUAUUAGUUUUGCAUCAAGCUGUGCCCAGGAAGACACACCGGUGUUGCUGACGGACACAGCUGCCCACAGCUAUUGGCUACAGGCUCAAGCUCAAGGUGCAGCCUUCCUGACCCAGAGUGCAGAGAUCCCAGAGAUGAGUGAUGAGGACAGCUGUGUAGCUUGUGGGUCUCUGAGGGGAGAAGGCCCACGGGCAGGCGCCCCCUCUCCAUGGCCCUGGGACGCCCGGCUGAAGCACCAGGGGAAGCUGGCCUGUGGUGGAGCCCUGGUGUCAGAGGAGGUGGUCCUGACUGCUGCCCACUGCUUCAUCGGGCGCCAGAGUCCAGAGGAGUGGAGUGUAGGGCUGGGGGCCGGCCCGGAGGAGCGUCACCUGAAGCAGCUCAUCUUGCACGGGGCCUAUACCCACCCAGAGGGGGGACAUGACGUGGCCCUCUUGAUACUGGCCCAACCCGUGACACUGGGUCCCAGCCUGCGGCCUCUCUGCCUGCCUUACGCCGACCACCACUUGCCUAAUGGGGAACGUGGCUGGGCCGUGGGGCUGGCACACCAAGGAUCAGAUGCCAGCCAUCUCCUGACAGUGCCCGUGACCCUCCUGGGCCCCAGGGCCUGUAAUCGGUUGCAUGCAGCCCCCAGGAGUGAUGGCAUCCCCAUUCUGCCUGAGAUGGUAUGCAGCAGUGCUGUGGGUGAGCUGCCCCGCUGUGAGGGCCUGUCUGGGGCACCACUGGUACACGAGGUGAGGGGCACAUGGUUCCUGGCCGGGCUCCACAGCUUUGGCGAUGCAUGCCAAGGCCCCACGAGCCCUGCAGUCUUCACAGCACUCCCAGCCUACGAGGACUGGGUUAGCAGCUUGGACUGGCAGGUCUACUUCUCCGAGGAGCCAGAGCCGGAGUCAGAGGCUGAGACCGGAAGCUGCCCUGCCAACAUGAGUACGCGGGCUAGGGGCAUCCCUGCCAAACCCCCCACUUAG